AUGGCGACCCCGAAGUCCAAGGUCCUGCCCAUUGUCCCGCUGGCUGUCCCGUCCGCCCUCUUCCCCGGCGUGACCCUCAACCUGCCCAUCGUCAACCGCGCCGAUGUUGCCUCUCUCCUCGCACACAUCUACAGCCGCGCCGCAAGCCCCAAGACCGAUGCUCCCGUCACAAUAGGCUGCGUGCCGCUGAAUUCGCCGCUUCUGUCGCGCGACGGCCAACGCCUCAUCGACGCCGAUGCCGCAGCCAAGAAGAAGGCCACGAGGCCCGAAGCCAAAGACCCUGUCCACACCACGAAGGACGACCUGUUUUCCUUCGGCACUGUUGCCAAGGUCUCGGGCGUACAGGGCCGCGGCCAGGGUGAGCUGAGUCUCCUUGUCGAGGGCAUCAGCCGCUUCAAGGUCCAGAAUGUCAUCCAGGAGCGACCCUACUUUGAGGCGGAAUUGGUCCAUCUGGAAGACGAAUUCGUCAAUCCCACCGACGCCACCAUGCUGAACCUCUUCUCCGAGCUCAAGCAACUGUCGCGCGAGUACCUUGCUCUCGUGCGCCUGUCAUCCAUUCUGCCUCGCAUGAACAUUACGAUAACACCUUUGAUGGCACGGCGGUUGGAGUUGUUCAUUGCGAAGAAAGAUGUUUCCGAAGCCGGCCUGCUGGCCGACGUCAUGGCUGCCAAUGCCGUCGAGUGUACACAUGAGGAGAAGCUGCGCGUUUUGUCUGCCGUUUCGGUCAAGGAUCGCGUGCAACGCGUCAUCGAGAUACUGCAGAAGCAGAUACAGACCAUCCAGGGAAGCAGCCGGAUGCUGGCUGUCGGCGCCGCCAAGCAGUCGACCGGCAUCGAUGCCGAGAGGAUCGAGAGAUGGAACAAGGCACGGUUAAGAAUGCCCAACAACCUCAGCAACAUGAGCGGCUUUCCCGGAUUCCCUGGGUUUCCCGGCGGCAAUACUGGGGCCGGCAGCCAGGAGGAGGGCAACGAGCUGGAUGAGCUGAAGAAGAGAUUGGACGAGGUCAAGAUGAGCCCCGAGGCACAGAAGGUUGCGCAGCGCGAGCUGCAGAGGUUGCAGAAGAUGAACCCUGCUCAGGCUGAAUACCAAGUCUGCAGAAAUUACCUCGAGAACCUCGCCGACAUUCCUUGGUCCAAGUUGACCGAGGAUCAGCUGGAUGCACAGACCCUGGCAAGAGCGAGGAAGCAGCUCGACGACGAUCACCACGGCUUGGAGAAGAUCAAGAAGCGUCUGCUUGAAUACCUCGCCGUUCUCAAACUCAAGCAGUCCGUCAACGCGGAUAUCGAGGCUCAAAUCAAGAUGCUCUCUGAGUCCACCUCCACGGACAGCUCAAAGGACUCCAGGGAUGAGCCCGAGGAGAAGACGGUGCCUGAACAGGAGGAGACUUCUCUAGUGAAGGCAACCCCGAAGGAUCCAAGCGAGGCUGAACUUCGCCUGCUAGAGAAGAAGCGCAUGGUCGACAAGUCACCGAUCCUACUUCUUGUUGGUCCUCCAGGCACCGGCAAGACCAGCUUAGCCAAGUCUGUGGCAACGGCCCUUGGCCGCAAGUUCCACCGCAUCUCCCUAGGUGGGGUGCGUGACGAGGCCGAAAUCCGUGGUCAUAGAAGAACCUACGUUGCUGCCAUGCCUGGUCUGAUCGUGCAGGGACUAAAGAAGGUGGGCGUUGCCAAUCCGGUCUUCCUGCUUGAUGAGAUCGAUAAGAUUGGCAUGUCAAAUCACAAUGGCGACCCAUCGGCGGCAAUGCUCGAGGUCUUGGAUCCAGAGCAGAACCACACCUUCACCGACCAUUACAUCAACAUCCCUAUCGACUUGAGUAAGAUCCUCUUCAUUGCUACAGCGAACACACUAGACACAAUCCCGCCUCCUCUUCUCGACCGGAUGGAAACCAUUCAGCUCUCUGGCUACACGACCUUGGAGAAGAGGCACAUUGCCACACGGCACCUGCUUCCCAAGCAAAUAAUGACCAACGGACUUGGCUCAGACAAAGUUCUCUUGCCUGAAGACGUCAUUGACAAGAUAAUCGCAUCGUACACGCGGGAGUCGGGCGUCAGGAACUUGGAACGGGAGCUGGGAAGUGUGUGCCGGUACAAAGCAGUGGAGUAUGCCGAGGCCAUCGACGCCCACAGCCUGCAGUUAUAUCAGCCAGAGGUGAAUGCGGAGGACCUUGAGAAGAUCCUAGGCGUCGAAACUUUUAGCGAGGAACUCGCUGAAAGGCAUUCUCGGCCUGGCGUUGUAACCGGCCUGGUGGCUUAUAGUACCGGUGGGCAAGGAAGCAUCUUGUUCAUCGAGAUUGCGGACAUGCCGGGCACUGGUCGCGUCCAGCUUACUGGCAAGCUUGGCGACGUGCUCAAGGAGUCGGUCGAAGUGGCGCUCACUUGGGUGAAGGCGCACGCGUAUGAGCUCGGUCUUUCGGCCAGCCCGGACAUGGAUAUCAUGAAGGAGCGCAGCAUCCACGUCCACUGCCCGUCGGGUGCCAUUCCCAAGGACGGCCCCUCGGCUGGUCUUGCUCACACGAUCGCUCUCAUCUCCCUCUUCUCGGGCAAGCCGGUGUCUCCGCGCCUGGCGAUGACCGGCGAGGUCUCGCUGCGUGGACGGGUGCUGCCGGUAGGCGGCAUCAAGGAAAAGCUGAUUGGAGCGUUGCGCGCGGGUGUCGAGGUUGUUCUCCUGCCAGAAAGUAACCGCAAAGAUGCCAAGGAUCUACCUGACGAGGUCAAGAACGGGAUUCGCAUCGAGCACGUUUCGCACAUUUGGGAGGCGAUGCGGCACGUAUGGCCUGAGGCGAGGUGGCCGGGCGAGAAGGGGUGGUCUGCGCUGGAGAGCAGACUGUAA